GCGGAGGCGGGUUCUGGCUGACGGAGGAGAAGGUCCAGACGCGAGCCGGGCAUGUUCAAACACAUCCAGGCGGACCAGCCUACCGACACCCGCGGCGCGUCGCCAUCGCAUGAUUUUGACUCAUUCGGUCUCUGGGAGCUGUGGUGAAGGCUUCUAUUCAUGUCACACCACAAACCGAUCUUUUUAUUCCCAUUCGGGAGCCAAUAACAAUGACAUUAUAGCCUGUGAUUUGUGCUACUGAUGGAUUCGUCUUAACCAACGCUGAAGCUGAAGACGUCGCAGGUUCGGCAGCGUUUCGCUCUGCGGCUCAUGUCUCUCCCGGCCAAAGUCAUGAGGGACGGGCAGCUGGAGAAGCGCAGCAGCGGACUCCUCCAGCUGUGGAAGAAGAAGCGCUGCGUGCUCACGGACGAAGGGCUGCGUCUGCACGACUGCAAAGGCGGCGGCGGCGGCGGCGGCGGAGACGGCGACGCGUCCGGCUCGGCGUGGAGCGCCAAAGCCAAGGAGCUGCGCUUCGAGCGCAUGGCCACCGUGGACUGCGUGGAGUACAAGCGCGGGCUGGUGUACUUCACCGUGGUGAUGGCCACGGGGAAGGAGAUCGACUUCAGGUGUCCGCAGGACGGCACGGCGUGGAACGCGGAGAUCGCCCUGGCGCUCGUGCGCUACAAGAACCUGCAGGCCGUGAGGACCGGGAGGAACCGGCAGAUGUUUAAAGCGCACCUGGGAAGCACCGGGGAGGAUGAGGAGCUUUGACUCGGAGCCCGUCCUGAGAUCCGUUCCCAGUGGAGGAGGGCAGGAGAUGCCGGGUUCCCUGAACGCACCGCGCGGUGGGAUGAACAGACUGAACGCGCGUAACAGACACAACCAAAGAAAGCGUCUGAUUAUUUGCACGGACCGAUAUGUGUUCUGCCAUGAGCUGCGUGGAGCUCACUGCAUGAGGAGACGGCGUCGCCUGGGCCUGAACCCGUUUUACCCCCUGUGCCUUCACGUAGCUUAGGGCACAGUUUCCAAACAACCCGCGGUAGAUGGAGGGGGAGUCGCUCCGUUCUCUUAGUCCUGCUUUUGUUGGAAACUCAUCAUUCGUCCAGAAUCCUUUGUCAUCGACUGAAGCGAGUGGCAUGUUUUUAAUGAUGAUAAUGAAGAAGUGUUCUGCUCACAUUCGUUGCACAUUGUUGUCUAUUUACAGUUGUUUCUGCAGUAUUAUACGCUAAAAGGAUACAAUAAAUGUUUUCAGCUGCUUCACUUAA